AUGACGACCAAACCGAAUGAACAGGGCUCCAAGGCGGAGGGCAGCUCGCCAUUCGAUGCCUAUCAGACGUCUCUCACCACUCGCUACUGCAGCCCCGCCAUGUCGAAGCUGUUCAGUCAGCGCUCAAGACACUCGACCUGGCGAAGGUUGUGGUUCCAUCUUGCUGAGAGCGAAAAGGAGCUCGGAAUUGAGACCAUCACGCCGGAGGCCAUUGAGCAGAUGAAGGCCCACCUUGUGAUUACGGAUGACGAGUUUGAGACUGCUCGGAUCGAAGAGAAGAUUCGCAGACAUGAUGUCAUGGCGCAUGUUCACGCCUUUGGUGUUGUUGCUCCGGCCGCGGCCGGCAUCAUCCACCUCGGUGCCACAAGCUGCUUCGUUACUGACAAUGCUGAACUUAUCCUUAUGCGUGAUGCCCUAGAUCUACUUGCCAAUAAACUGGCCAAGGUGAUCUCAAACCUGUCAUCCUUUGCGGUCAAGUGGAAGGCGGAACCUACUCUUGCAUACACGCACCUUCAGGCAGCCCAGUUGAUCACGGUUGGAAAGCGCGCGGCCCAGUGGGUGCAAGAUCUUAUGCUUGAUCUCCACAGUAUCGAGCAAGUCCGCAGCGAACUCAAGUUCCGAGGCGCACAAGGAACGACUGGUACUCAAGCCUCCUUCUUGGAAAUCUUCAAGGGUGACUCUGCGAAAUGCGACGAGCUGAAUGUCCUUCUCUGCAAAAAGUUUGCAUUUCCAGGCUGCUAUGACGUGUCUACUCAGACCUACACCCGCAAGGUGGACUUGAUCAUCGCCAACGCCGUCGCUGGUCUUGGUGCGACAGCCCAGAAAAUCGCGGGAGAUUUGAGGCACUUGGCCACAUGGAAGGAGAUUGAAGAACCCCACGAGUCGUCUCAAAUUGGAUCUUCCGCCAUGGCAUACAAGGUUAACCCGAUGCGGUCCGAGCGAGUAUACAGCUUGGCGCGCGAGUUGAUGUCUAAGCCGGCCAGCUUCGCCAACACUCUGUCCGACCAAUGGAUGGAAAGGACCCUCGAUGAUAGCGCAAUCCGCCGAAUCGACAUCCCAGAGAUGUUUCUGCUGGCCGAUGCAAUUCUCAUUGGGCUUGAUAACAUUUCAAGUGGAUUGGUGGUCUAUCCUAACCGGAUUGCCAGCCGGGUCCAAGAAGAGCUUCCCUUUAUGAUCACAGAGACCAUUAUCAUGAGAAUGGUUGCUCAAGGAGCAUCGAGACAGGAGACACACGAGCAAAUUCGCGUCCUCUCGAACCAAGCUGGCAGCGUGGUAAAGAACGAUGGCAAGCCCAAUGAUCUCGUGUCACGCAUCCAGAACACCGACUUCUUCAAGCCCAUUUGGGGUGAUAUCCACGGCAUGCUCAAGGCAGACCUUUACAUUGGUCGCAGUGUGGAGAUUGUCGAGAAGUAUUGCGGUCCCGGGGGCGUUGUCGAGAAGCAGCUGGCGCCAUAUCAGGCGUACAUCAAGGGCUCUAGCUCUGCGGAGCUUAGUGUUUGA